GCAAUGAACACAAGGCAUGAUGACAGCAGCAUCUGAUGGGCUGGAGCGAGACUCUGCUGCUGGUGUGCGGUGAAGAAAGUGGACUCGUCAACAGAACCAGAGGCAGAAAUAGAGAGAUAACCAUAGAGGAAGACAGAGUAAUCGAGGCAAAGAGAAAAACACAGGGAGAAACAGAGAGAGAAACAUAGAUACGGAGAAAAGGACAGAGAGAGAGAAACAGAGAGCGUAAAAAGUAGAGAGAUAAAGGGAGAAUCAGAAACAGGGAUCAGGAAAUCAGUAAGUUCGUGGGAAGGAGAAGAAACAGCGGACAAACUGUCAGUGUGAGGCUGGACACCGCGCUCCGGACGCUGGGCUAGCCGGCCCGUUCUCUCCCGGAUCCGCUCCUCUGGGAGAUUUCUCGAGCACCGCUCUCCUCGCGUUGGGGAUUUGCUGACAUUUUGCGGGGAUUUGAGGCCAGGACUGCUCCAGGAGUGCCAAAACAAGCAGCGCUGAAAGCUGCCAGCCUCUCCCGGAAAGCCUGACCUAGGAGCGAUGGAGGAAUGUUACUGUUGAGAUAGCAGCCACCAUUGAGUCUCAGUGAGAUAUUUGAACAAUUUGAUCUAGUUGAAUGAAACAGCUAUAAGGACCUCAGAAAAGGAAGUUGCAAAUCUGUGUCAAGCUGGGAGAAUGGAAGUAUUAGUCGGUGGAACUCACCCAUCCCCCAGCUUUCAUCUCUGACCUGGACUGUGCUGAAGCUGUUUCUGGUUGGCAGGAGGUGACCUGGUUCUGAGUUGCCGAUAUGCCCGGUGUUUCACCACAGCACGCCUCGCCCACUCCAUCAUGCUAACAACUGGAAGGCAGAGUUUGGAGAUUGUGACCUACAUAGUGUUUGAGCUUGUCAUCGCUGUUUUAGCUGUACUGGGGAAUGUCCUGGUCUGUUGGGCCGUCUACCUGAACAGCAACCUGCAAAACGUCACAAACUUCUUUGUGGUGUCCUUGGCUGUGGCAGAUAUUGCAGUCGGGGUGCUUGCCAUCCCCUUCGCCAUCACCAUCAGCACUGGCUUCUGCUCCCUUUUCUAUGGCUGCCUCUUCAUUGCCUGCUUUGUGUUAGUGUUAACUCAGAGCUCCAUCUUCAGCCUGCUGGCCAUCGCCAUUGACCGGUAUAUUUGCAUCAAAAUCCCACUCAGGUACAACAGCCUGGUGACUGGCCAGCGGGCCAGGGGCAUCAUCUGCGUCUGCUGGAUCCUGUCUUUCAUGAUCGGCUUGACCCCGAUGCUGGGCUGGAAUCAGUCCAACUGUGAGCUCACCAUGAAGCUGAACAGGACUGAAGGCUGCAGGGAUGGCAAGGUGUCCUGCUUGUUCGAGGAGGUGGUCACCAUGGAUUACAUGGUGUAUUAUAACUUCUUCGCCUGCGUCUUGAUGCCCUUGCUCAUCAUGUUUGGCAUUUACUUGAGGAUCUUCAUGGCAGCUCGCCAUCAACUCAAGCAGAUGGAAUUUAAAGUCACAGCCAUUGAGAAGAGUAGGUCCACCCUUCAGAAGGAGGUGCAUGCUGCCAAGUCUUUGGCCAUCAUUGUGGGUCUCUUUGCUGUCUGCUGGCUGCCACUGCACAUCAUUAACUGCGUCAACCUCUUCUGUGAGAACUGCCGUCCCCCAGCCUGGAUCAUGUACUUCGCCAUCAUCCUGUCCCAUGCCAACUCCGUGGUCAACCCCCUCAUUUACGCAUACCGCAUCCGAGAGUUCCGCCAGACCUUCCGCAAGAUUCUGAGGAAGCACAUCCUGAGGAAGCCAGAGCAGGUGCUGCAAACGCCUAGUGCGAGGAGUUCCACUCAUGGAGGGGGUAGGAGCGCUCAGCUCAACGGUGGUGUGUUUGACCUAGUGAACGCCUGCUCCCAUGACGUGAGAGAGAAAGAUCCUCAGCAGAACGGACAUGCCCUAGAUUUCCGGCCUCACGGGUGCGCAGGGGAACAGCAGCCAGAGGAAGAGGAGAAUACUGAGGGUCAACUCCCCACUGUCUCCGUGCAACAGACUCCCUGCUCAACUCUCGCCAAAGUCUCCUGACCCUCUGUCAAGUGAAGCUCUAACUUGUUCCAACAACAAGGUGAAGGGUUGCGAUUGCAACAAUUAAAAGAGGAGAGAGGGACAGAGAGCACAAAAGAGGGAGGGAGGGACGCACAGAGAGAAAGGGUGAGAAAGAAAGAGAAAGAGAGUGACAACAUGCCAAUGGAACAUAAAGGACACAUGUUUGGAGGUCACGGAGUGGGCGAGAGCUUUGAUAGCAGCUCAGUGUGAAGCUUACGUUGCCCGAAUGCCUUGUGUAUUUGUUUAGCUUCCUCCGGUGCAAUGUCAGGCUGCUGCCUCUCACCUGGACCCAUUGGUGGCACAGCUGGUGGGGAGGCAGUGGGGUGGGAAUGGGGGACCAUGCCCCUGGCAACAACGUUGUGUGUUCUUGUCGUCUUGUAUAUUCCUGUCUGUAAACUGUCGCCUGUAGAAUUUUGUGUGGUGUUUACAUGAGUCCGUGUGGAUCAGGGGAGUGCAGUCUGAGGCACUGACUAUACAUAGGGACAUGACCGGCUCACUCACAUCACACCUGUUUCCUCAAGGCCCUUAGGCAACCAAUGGUUUGGGAGUGUCUCCUCCUCACAUGCUUGACAGCAGUUUGACUGUGAAACAAUCAAUCAUUCUGGAAGUAAAUUGCAAGCUAGAUGUCACCUUCACAUGGAGGUCUCAGCUCAACCCAGGUUGCAACAUCUACUGGGGUUUGACUCCAUUAUCUCGACAAAUUUGACAGAGAGGGAGUCAGUCAGACACUUGUUGGGCAAGGGGCCGUGAUGUCUUGGGGAGGGACAGUGAUGUCAUGGGGGGUUAGGCCAGUGACAUCACAUGGGGCUGUUGGGUUGAGGAUGACGUUGGAAGGGAUGAUCUGGUUGCAGUUGGAAUAGAGCUUCUUCACUUAAAACAGAAGGUACUAGCAUCAAACAGUUCAACAAAGUUUCACUGGGCUCUGCCGAAGGGGUUCACUUUUUAACGCAGGUUGGGUUUUUUUUUCAUUAGAGUUUAGAAGAAUGAUGGGUGCUCUUACUAAAACAGAGAAGAUUCUGAGGAGGCUUGACUGGAUAUAUUGAGAACGAGGUGACUUUGUGAAGGUGGAAGCCAUUUUGAUGCAAAUGGUUGAUGACUACAUGAACUUCUUCCAUGUUGAAAGACAAAGAAGGGGCAGUGACAUUACAGGACUGGUGGGGGGCUAGCUGGGGAGUGACUUCUUGGGAGGGUGUUGGCUGAUGAGAGUGUUGAUCUGUCUUGGCUAAAGCACCCUCAGUGGUUAAAGCCUGGGACCUGCAGCUUGUCAAAUAUAUGGGGGCUGGUACUCACAGGCUUGACACCAGCUUGUGUAAUUGGUCCUUAAUGGGAAUGUUUCUGGGUCAGUAAUCCACAGGGCGAGAGUGGUAACUCCCCUCGAGGAAGCCGGAGAAAUUUAAAUGUAUAUAAUUAAAUUAGGAAUAAAAAUCUGGUCUCAGUAAUGGUGGCUAUGCAAACAAUGGUUUAUCAUAUAUUUUAAAAAGAACAAUAUGUCCACAAAUGUCCUUCCUACACGUGACUCCAGACCAUCAGUAACAUGGUAUAUUCUUCACUGCCCUGUGAGAUGGUAGGAUAACCAUGCAGUCAUGCUCUCGUUGUCAUAGAGACUUGCCCACAUAGAAGCUGGUGGUUUCAGACGCAGCUGCCCACCGCCUUCUCCAGGGUGUUUCUGGGAAUGGGCAGUAAAAUGUACAUCUUACCGCGGAGCGACAGUCGCUGUCAUUGAGCAGGCCAUCAGCCUGGGGAAUGUCAUUGGUUCAUUACUGUUCUCAUCGUACAUUGGAAAUCAUUAAAAAAAAA